AUGGCGGCCUCGCAGGCGCCGGAGAGCUGUAGCGACAGCAAGCAGGUUCUGCUGAUCGUGCUGUCUGUUCUCUUCAUGGUGGUGACGGUCUUUGGCAUCAGCUUUAGGCUGUAUUCGAGGCUGUUCGUCCUGCGGAAGGUGUUUGCUGAAGAUGGUCUCAUGCUUGUUGGCACUGUCUUUGCGCUCGGCCUCUCAUCGAUCUUCGUCACAGAUGCCUACCAUGGAUACGGGACGCAUUUCGCCGAUAUACAGACACGGCCAGCCAACCAAACACUUCUGUACAAUCUGACUUUCGCGAUCUCCUUGGUCUACGCCGCAACCACGCUAUUCGUCAAAUUCUCUUUCUUAAUGCUAUACCUUCGAAUCGACGACCGAAAACCUAUGCGCUGGACUGUGUACACCUUAAUGGCCAUAAUCAUUGGACAAGCCCUGAUGACGACGACGGUGAUGUCGCUGUCUUACAUCGUACCGUCUCAAUGGGGUGACGCUUCGCAAGGAGAUGCUUCGAACAUCAGGAUCAAACCUGUCACCGCACAAGCGUUUUGGAAUGCAGCGGACGUGAUGUCGGCGGUUACGUCGACGGCGGUCUAUGUGGCGCCGUUCUUCAUCCUGCGGGGACUUCAAUUGCCAAAGCGACAGAAAUGGGGCGUGGCCGUCUUACUCGGGUUGGGAAUUCUGCCUGUAGCCGCAUCCUGCAUCAAGACCUACUACAUCUGGUCAAUGUAUCUGAGCCGCGACGUGUACUACCAGAUCGUCAACGCCGCGAUCUGGGUACAGGUAGAAGUCCACCUCGCAAUCCUGUGCAGCUCAGUGCAGACCUACAGAGUACUGCUUAGAGGCUUCUGCCCUCGUUGCUGCCGAAGUCCAGACGAUGGAUGCACGACAGAGCACGAAGCUGCUUCAUUCCCACCCCAAUCACCGAUGCGGAGCGCAGAGAGCUUGAGCGGACAGUUUCCUGCCGGAACAUUUGAUAGCUGGGCGAACUGGGAGCCUUCGAUCUCGGAAGAGUCGAGCGCAUACAUGAAGGGAAAUGCAUCGAGAACACCGAGUCCUACCGGAAACAACGGUGUGGCCACCGUGCCGGCCGGCAUGAGGCAGCAAUUCCCAAGUAUAGCAGCAAGGAUCGGAGGCGAGGGACCGAAUGUGUGGUUGUUUGAGGCCGCGCAGGACAAGAGAUUCAGCCCUCCAUGGCCUCUAUCGCAUUAG